UACUGGUGUGGUAACUGCUUGACGUCAGAUGAUGAAACAGGAACAUCCUCCUGUCAGAGACAUAAAUACACAGACGGCGGUUUAUCAACAGUUUAUCAAUGAAAUCCUUUCAUACGGCUGACCGAUUUCAUUCAACAGAAAAAAAGGAAGGAGGUGAGAAGAGGAAGGGGCAAAUUUCCUGAAUCUCUUAACUUUCCUCGGUGUGGUCAUACAGUUAUUUUCCUCCUAAGUAUUCAACCACUAAACCCACAACGGUUUUUAAUAGAAGCACAUCAAAAUAAUCUGAUUUUAAUCGUCUUCCCAUAAAAACACAUUAUAAAAUUAGCCAAAAUGCAAUCAGAGCUAAGUGAAAACUUCAACACCACAGUGUUAAACUUGACGACCCCGAUCCCUGGUGGCGGCUGUCCACCAGUCGGUAUCCAACUGGAGGGUGUGAUCCUGCCCCCAGUCCUCAUCAUUGAUGUCAUACUGGGGCUGCUGGGAAACGUAGUUGCUCUGUGGAUCUUCUGCUUCAAACUGAAGGCGUGGAACCCCAACAACCUGUUCCUCUUCAAUCUGGUCAUCGCCGACUUCCUGGCGCUGGUGAGUCUGCCGCUGAGGAUCGACGCCUUGAUCAGGGGCCACUGGGUGUUUGGAGACGGAAUGUGCCGUAUCAACCUCUUCCUGAUGUUUUCCAACCGCUCGGCCAGCAUCGCACUCAUGACCGUGGUCGCAAUUUACCGCUACUUUAAGGUGGUCCACCCUCACCACCGGUUCAACCGCAUGACCAAGCGCCACGCUGCCUUCGUAUCCGUGUUCGUCUGGCUGCUGGUGAUCAUUCCUCGGGUUCCCAUGCUGGCGUACAACCACAUCAAGGGCAGCGGGGACAAAACCCAGUGCUUCUUCUUCACUUCGUACAAAGAGGCGUCGCGGGCCAUCAUCAUCCUGGUGGGCAUGCACCGCAUCCUGACGGUGCUGGAGUUCAUCAUCCCGAUGGCCAUGCUGCUGUUCUGCUCCGUCCGGAUCUCCUGCUUCCUGAAGCAGCGACAGAUGGGGAAACCAGACAAGGUGCGAAAGGCGAUGCGAGUGUGCGUGGCCAUCGUCGCGGUGUUCAUGGUGUGCUUCCUGCCCACCACGGUGACGACCAUCGGGGUGUGGGUCAUCCGCUCGUACCGGCCGUGGGACUGCGCCUCCUUCUACACCUUCACCCAGCUCACCAUCGUGUCUCUGGGCCUGAACUUCCUGAACUCGGCCCUGGACCCCAUCGUCUACGUCUUCUCCAGCUCCAUGUUCAGGAAGGCCCUCUGCAGCUCGCUGCCACGCGCCGUGCGCUGCAGACAGGAUGCAGGCGACGGCGAGAACGCAGCGUCCUUGUCAGCAUCUCAGUCGACCACCCAGCAGGAACUGAAAUCCAUGAGGGCCGACAGAGGGAGUGAAGCCAUGUAGAGCUUUCCCUCCAUAAUUAUGACUGGAUCAGGCAGAGCACUGUCCUCAUGUCCUUGUGUAGUAUUUUGUACUAAGUUAUCUACUUGUUUUGUGUGUUUAUUUGUUUUUGAUGCUGUUAAAGUUUUGUUCACAUCUGU